UGGGACAGUAAUUCUGAAGAACAAGCCGUUCUUCCAAUUGGAUGCCGAAUGAUGAUUCGAACUAUCCAAUCGCAGAACCGAUGACUCGUCACUCUCCAGUUGGAAGCGACGGUGGGCGGUCUUUUCAACCAAGUAUCCGCCUUGUGCUAAGCGCUAGGUUGCGUAAAACCUGCAGUUUCAGUUUGUUUUAUUCACCAUUUUGUGUAGCCGAAGGUAAAAUUAAACUGAAAUCCCUUCUAAAAAUACAUCUUUUUCAUUUUUUUUUGUUUUAAACGUGGACCUGGUGAUACUUUGGGAGCAUUUCAUUGCCUCCCCAGAGUUACAAACCUGAGACGUUUUAACAUCUUUUUUUCCUUGGGAUUUUUCUCUUCUUACAUUUAACCUCCACUGCACAGUAUUUCUGCAAAAUGUCAAGACCGGUGAGGAACAGGAAGGUGGUAAACUACUCACAGUUCCAGGAAUCGGAUGAUGCAGAUGAGGAAUAUGGGAGAGACGCGGAGAGGCCCAAGAAGAUGCGUGCCACCCCCCGGGACAUGAAACACAAGAAGAGUGAUGAUUCUGAUGAUAAGGAUUCAAAAUCAAAAAGUGAUUCAGCAGAUGAUUUUGGGAGCGAUGAAGACAACGAUUUUGGGGAGGAAGAUGACGAUGAAGGUGGCAGCGAUUAUGACACAAAAAAGAAUAAAAAGGGAAAGAAAGGAAAGGUGGAGAAGGGGAGCAAACGAACACCGAAGAGGAAACGCACUGCAGAUGACAGCGAUGAUGAUAUGGAGGUGAGCAAGAAGGUGCGACAAGUGCGGCAGGCAGCAUCCAAGGCAGCGUCUAAACAGAGAGAGAUGCUGCUAGGAGACGGAGGCAGUGAGGAUGAGGACCGCGAUGACGACGAACAGGCCUACGUGGACCAGGAGUCGGGCAGUGAUGAGGACUUCAUGGUGGAUGACGAUGAUGACAGUGACUAUGGCAGCUCCAAGAAGAGAAGCAAAAAGGUGAUCAGGAGAAGCAGAACAGAGCGGAAGGAAAAGAAAUCACCGAAGCCCAGGCUAAAGGCCACAGUUACUCCCAGUCCCAUGAAGGGCAAGGGUAAAGGCCGUCCCAGCGGGCCAAAGGCCACAGAGAAGUCCUCGCCCAAGGAGGAGGAGGGGGACCCAGAGAGCCCACCUGAAGAGGAGGAAGAGGAGGAGCUUGAGAAGAAAGAUUCCCCACCCCCCAAGAAGACUGAGGAAGCACCAGACGAGGAGGAGGAUGCAUCGGAAGAGGAAGCUCAAUCUGGGGAAGACUAGCUUGGUUACCAUGAUGGCCCUCCCCUCAGUUUUAACUUCCCCUUCUGUGUCUUUCUUUUUUCUUUCUUAAAGGAUUUCAGUUUUCUUGUUGGCCUGGCUCAAGGGUUUGGAUAUUUUUGCCUUUAAAUACUAUGUCUGAGGACUUGUGGUUUGCAUGAAAACACAUGCGAGUGUGACAGUCUGCAUUGGGCCUACUUCAGCAGUGUGGGUGCAGCUUUCCUCAAUCACUGUGGCCACAACCCCCAAAAAAUGGAUUUUAAGGCUCGUUUUAAUGUGAAAAGAAUUUACUGAGGGGAUAAUAGGGGGAAGGUGUCAGUUAGACUUGCUAGAUUGAGUCUUAAGACUAACGUCUACACCCCAAAUCAGCUCUGAUACAGGACUUGCUGAAAUCACAUUGAUAACACUGCUACUCUUGAAAACAAAGAUUUGCUGAAAAAAAUGUUGAACACUGGAGUUUCAUGAAUACACUCAUCAAUUUGAUCACACAAGAAUAAAAAGAUUGAGGUACAAGAUCUGUUGUGUGUGACACGCUUCUCCAUCAUGCAGCACACCUCACUGUACGCCUACACACACUUACUCUUCACUGCCUAAUGUUUAGUAAGGUACACACAGUAGUGCGGUGUGAUAUAGGUGUGUGUAAUGUCUGUUACAGCAUUUUGCAUGUAUGUAUUUUUCAUGAUUUCUGACCUGUGUAGAUCAGUUAGUUUCCUUUAUGAAUGGAGCUUGGUGAUCUCUGUAUGUGGCAUUUUCUGUAGACAGUGCUGAAUUUGGGGUUGACAUGUUCAACAGUUAUCUGUAAGGAAGUGCUUUCAGGGCUCUUGCUUAGAUUUUCCGUUUUUUUGUGCGCGUCUGUAUGCCUGAGCUGGCUCUUGAUGGUUUGUCCGGGAGACAGUGUUGCUGUCCCCAAUACAAGUGCGUUCGACCCAGGCUGUCAUAUUAGGCGUUCCUCACAGUUCAAUCCUUUGUGCCAGGCAUACUCCCCCAAACCCCCAUUAACAUCCAGAUUUUUUUUUUUUUUUUUUUUCCCCCCCUUCCUCUCCCCUCUCUGGAUUUUUUUGUAUUUUUUUUAAAGAAAAAAUAAAAUGUAUCUUGAUUUUAAAGAAAGACAAAAUGCUAUCUAUCUUUUGACUGAAGUGUGUAGAAGAAGGGUGAGCAGGCCAGCAGGAGGAGGCUAUGAUGUGGACCCCCACCCAAAGUUGUUUUUCCUCUGAGUCUUAUUUUCUAGUGUCCCUGUUCAGACUGAAACAAGGCUCAAAGCAUUUAUCAGGAGGUUUCCAUUCCUCCUGCUGUAUUGUGAAAUCUAGAGUUAUCUCUUCAUUUGUUUUUAAUUU